CCUCUCUGAGCUGGUAGACAUAUGUAUGUAUAUGUUGUCACCACAUCACGCUUCACGCUUCACAUCCUCUUCGUUUACUUAUUAUCCACUGGCUGCCCUACCCACCUGUGGAACUUGAUCUCGACCAGGAAGCUUACCACGUACGCAGUCAAACCCACCCCUCUAUAUCAUCAGUCAGACUUCUUGGAUCGUGGGACAACUUCUCGAAAUAUCAUACUAUGGAGCGUGACGCUAGACGAGCUCGAAGCCAAUGGCGAGGCUGCCAUACCUUCAACAACAUCAUCUGCGACGGUGACCAAAUCACGGAUCAAAAGCGAAGUGGAGGAUUAAAGAUGGGUCAGACAUAUUACUAUUAUUAUGAAUUGGAUGGUUCAACCGAGACAUAUGACCCUUCCAUGCCCACGACAAAUGCAUGCCCUUAUCUUCCCGGCCAAACUGUCAACACUCUCGACGUUCCCUCGGAGCGUCUAUCAAGAAUACGAAGCGCAUCAAUGAAUUCUCUCAGGAUUACUGAUUAUAGGACCAUGGAGCCUAAGGAUAAAUUCAUGACUCCAAGGCCGGCUCCUCCAGUACCCAGCCUUCCGGACCUUCGCGUCGGAUCUUCACCUCAGCCAGCAAUGUCACUUGUUCACAAACGAUCAGCUCGUUCUCUCUCACCGGCGCCUAGCUGGACUAGCGCUGCUCGACGAUUUUUGGGACGGAAGAAGGGUUGCAGCCAGGAUAGCGAUGCUGGUAGUGAAACUGAAGUUGAAAGUCACUAUGGUGAAGAAAGUCGACAAAGCAGGCGCUAUGACGAGCCAAGGAGCACCACGCCAUCUGGGAGGAGUAUUCGGUCUCGUGAUAUGUCGCCAGAAUCUCUCCGAAGGUUCCUAUCUGACGAUCUACCCCAAUCGCCGGCUGUGGUGGAACAGGCGCCAAGGCUACUAAUCCCAGAUGAGAUUAUCGAGGAGAACGAAGACGACGACAAUUUUGCGACGUCCGCUGUAUCCGAGAAUGCACCAUUUACGGUACUUUCGCCCUCGCCAUUUCAGCGAAGCGUAUCAUCGUCUUCGAUGAGACCCGAGACUAACGAAUCUACCACUAUUGUCAUUCCUGUGGAUGCCAAGAAGGAUGAUGAUACCACUCCAAAGCCUAUCGGUGCCUUACCUAGGAUGGCUACCAUUGGGUUGGAUGUACCUCGAUCCCAUUUCUCAUAUUCGACAACAUCAUCAAGCGCGGUUUCUCCGGUAUCCGCCCCAUCACCCGAGUCCCGCGACCUCAAUCAGUUCUCUUUCUUUGACGACUCAGACAAUGACAGCGAAGAUAUCUUCGCUACCGAAGAAGAGUCUUUCAUGAUCCAGGGAACUCGCCGAAGCAGCGAGGGCGCCUGUACCAUACCAAAACAUCUUAACUCUCCAAUCACUGGAUAUAGCCUACCUCAGCCUGCGACGCAAAACGAUAAGCACUUAGACGCAAGCCGCAUCUCACCGGCAGCGCUUGGUUCUCCAGAAUUAGUCACCAGACUAGACAGUGGUGUGUCUCUCGGGAGCCCCGGGCUUCUCGGCCGCCCGGGGAUCGACGCUGGGUUAGACGAUCUAGUCAGCGAUAUGGGGUGGAUGGCUAACUUCAUCUAAAUCGAAUACACAUAUGACACAUCACACGAUUUCCACAUUUCCUUUUUCUAUUUGUGUUUUACUACGGGGUUUAUAGAAUGGGUUAUAGAAUCUGGACCACUCGUUGUCACCAACGGAAUAUUAGGCGAGGCAUCUCAAAAGCACGGAGUUUUUUUUGCGAUGUGUACACUUCACAACUAUUCUUAUUACGGCACACCGGC